AAAUCCUUACAAAAAGUAGUAUACAGUAGUAUAUUUUUCGUUAACGGUUUUGCUCACUUCAAAAACUGUUGUGUUCGUUGUGCUUGUUAUAUUAUUAACGAAAAAUUGAAGAAUGGAGUCAUCUAAGAAUGUGGAAUAUCUGGUUGAUGAAUAUCUCAGAAAGGAAGAAGUGCCUGCUAAGUAUUUUAGUAAAACUAAAACAAUGAUCAAAGGUAUGAUGACUCAUGAGGCUUAUGGGAAUCCAGAAUAUGAAUGGUCAUUAAAUGAUUUUGAAUUAGGCAAAAGAUUAGGACGAGGGAAGUUUGGAAGGGUCUAUUGUGGAAGAGAAAAAAGGUCCGGUUACAUAGUUGCUGUGAAAACUUUGGUCAAAUAUGAAGUAGCUAAGGAAAAAGUGGAACAUUUAGUUUUAAGAGAAAUUGAAAUUCAAUCACAUUUGAAGCAUCCAAAUAUUUUGCAACUCUUAACAUGGUUUCAUGAUGAUUUUCGUAUCUAUCUUGUGCUAGAAUAUGCAGGACAAGGGGAAUUGUAUCGACACCUGAAAAAUAGCCCUGGUGGUUAUUUCAAUGAACAUCUAGCUGCCAAAUAUUUAUAUCAAGUUGCUGAUGCUUUGAAUUAUUGCCAUAAAAAUCAAGUAAUUCACAGAGAUAUUAAACCAGAAAAUCUAUUGCUUACAUCUAGAGGUGAUGUCAAAUUGGCUGAUUUUGGAUGGUCAGUCCAUACUCCAUCAUUGAAAAGAAAAACCAUGUGUGGCACAUUAGAUUAUCUUCCCCCAGAAAUGGUUGAGGGUAGAAGUUACAGUAUUCAUGUGGACCAGUGGUGUUUAGGUGUUUUAUGCUACGAGUUUGUUUGUGGAUAUCCACCAUUUGAAAGUAACAGUUCAGAGGAGACAUAUCAAAAGAUCAAAACUGUACAAAUUAAGUUUCCUUCUCAAGUCCAGCCUGGUGCAAUUGACUUAAUUAAAAAGUUGUUGAUCCAUGAUAUGACUAAAAGACUAACGUUGCCAGAAGUGUUAAAACAUGAAUGGGUUGUAACUAAUAUGUGAGACCAUCAAUACUAUUUUUAUGAACAUAUUUUAAGUUAUUAUAUAAUAAAGUAUACCUUUUUUUCUUUUUAA